UGCGCAUACAUUCAUGGCGACGGCGAGGAGCACCAAGCGCGCGCGGAGCCAUGGCGCGCCGUCAACGACGACGCUACCGGACGACGCCCUCCUGGAGAUCUUCGCCCGGCUGCCGGCCAAGUCGGUCGGCCGCCUGCGCUGCGUGUCGCGCUCAUGGGCCGCCACGCUCAAGUCGGCCCCCUUCGUGGACCUCCACCUCCGCGAGGCCAACCGGCGUCGGCAGCCGACCCCCAGGCUCUUCUUCACCACGGCGCACCCGGACAGCAGAUGGCAACUCGAUGAGGUCCUCACCAAGCCCUGCCAUGGCCUCGUCCUGAUCCACCGCCUGCCCCACCACGGCCACUUCGUCUGCAACCCGAGCACCGGCGCGCUCCUGCCCCUCCCCGACAGCCACAGGUGCCAGCGGCGCAACGGCGAGUCCUACGGCCUGGGCUACAGCCCGGCCACCAAGGAGCACAAGGUGGUGCGGCUCUUCUCCUCCUUCCACUCCACCCCCUGCUGCGAGGUCCUCUCGCUCGACGUGUCGGCGCACUGGAGAGCGGUAGCUCGGCAGUGUCCACCCUCGCGCGCCGCCGUGCGAGAUGACCCGGCCGUGUUGUGCGACGGGUACCUGCACUUCCUCCAUGUACGACGAAAACAUGGCGGCAGCAUCCUCACCUUCGACGUCGGCGACGAGACCUUCGGUUCGCUGAGCACGCCCCCGUCGGUGCAGGACGACGACGGUCCGCCCGAGCUGACGGUGCUAGGCGGACGCCUGUGCCUGUGCGUCUUCCAUGAGUGUCGACCUCCCACUCGCAGCGACGCCGAUCCUUACUGCAUCUGGUGGCUGGCCUGCCGAGAGUCCGAGCAGUGGGAGAAGCUCUACCGCGUGCUGCACCCACAGACCCUCAGGCCCGAGCUCGACCUGCUGCGGGUGCACUGGGUCUAUCCCCUCGAAACCUACCUCGCGAGCAACGGGCAGAAGAAGAUCAUGUUCGCCACGGAGGAGGGCGUGCUGGCGUUCGACCUCGACGGCAGCGGUGUCCCCGUCCCGGAGGUGCUGGUCUCGCCGAUGGAGCUCGUCUCCGCCCGCGACGACGACGAAGAAGCCACGAUCACCCGCGGCACCGUGGGGUUGCUGGAGGAGAGCCUCGUGCCCGUGGGCCGGACGAGCGAGGAGGUGAUCUUCUCGUCACCGUGGAGGAAGGCGUGGUCGGACGUCCUCAAGUGGAUGCCGGCGCAGGCGGUCGCCGCCCUGACGUGCGUGUGCCGAGAGUGGCGCGCGGUGGCCGAGACCGACCGGUUCGUCCGGACGCACGCGCUCCACGCGAACCUCAAGUGGAGCCCGCGGGUCAUGGUCGUCCAGGCCCAGCCCUACACCCACGUGCUCGACUUCUACCCGCUGGAGCUCUGCGAGAGUUUGCAGGUGCGGUACGACGUCGCCGACAUGGCGCCGCCGUUCCUGUUCGACCACCACGUGUGGAGGACGGUGUGCUCCACGCCCUGCCACGGCCUCGUCCUCGUCAGCUACACGCGGCAGGCCGGCUCAGGCCCAGGCGUCGUCGAUUUCAUUUGCAACCCUAGCAUGGAGUACAGCAGGCUUAUAAGAACGGAUACGCUGGACGACGACGACGACGACGACUCUCCCCGUCAUUCUGCAGCUGCAACGAUGGGGCUGGGGUACGAUUCGCGGACAAACAAGCACGUGCUGGCGCACCUCGUCGUCGUCCGUCCUGACAAGAGUCGUCGACAUCACCGGCCGGUCAAGGUCAGGUGCCACGUCCAGCUCGUAGGCGCCACGACGUGGAUCCCGAUCAGCCCUCCGCCAAGGCCACCGGCGGUCGACAUGCAGCCCGUCUACGCCGACGGCAAGCUCUACUGGAUGGUAGAGGACGCCGACGACAAUGGUUCAAGGGGCGAGCUCCUGGCGCUUGACGUCGGCGCGCGGGAGUUCGAAGUUUUGCCAGGGCCCCCGUGCGGCCGCGGCCGGAUCACGUCCAUCGUCGAGCUCCAAGGUAACGUGUGCGUCCUGUGCUCGGACACGAGCGCCAACGCCAUCGACGUCUGGAAGCGGCUGGAAUACGGUUCUUGGUCGGCAUGGCCAUGCCGUAUCGAGCUCGGGGAGUUCCGGCGGAUGUACCCGUCGGAGGAGACUACGCUGUUGGCUGUUGAUCCGAGGGACGGGAGGGUGCUUCUCAGCACGGGGAGGGCGUUGGGAUACUACGACCCCGAGGCACGGGCGGUGCAGACCGUCUACUGUGUUGGAGAACACCUGCAGGACAUGAAGUUUGCUCCGACGCUCUGCCAUGAAAGCUUGAUCCGUCCACGAACAUAUUAUUAGGCAAAAAUCUCUAUGCAUAUGUCGGAUGACUAUGUGUCUAUGUAAGCAUAUAUGUAUGGAGAUCGAAAAUGUUUUUACUAGCCUAGUCUCCAAGUCUUAGUCAAGUGAUAUUGUACGUGAGAAGAACAAAAAUCUAAAAAGAUUUUUUAUACGAAUCUCCAUGCAAGAUCAAAGA